AUGAUGGCACCUAUUCAACUUCUGUUGGCAUGUCUGCCGCUGGCUCUGGCCACCAUCACCGUUUUAGAUCCGAGCGACUACGCUGAUCUGGCUGCAGACGCCACCGACAAUACCUUGGAAGCCGACUAUACUACGGACAACGGCGGGCCACAGUACCUUCUUUACAACAUCACAGGUCCCUACUACUAUAGCGACGAGGACGGCGAAAUCGACCACCAAACCCUGACGGUGGAUGCGAACGAUACCAGCGUCCUUGUCGUGACGGAAGGAUCGGCAGUCAAUGUGUCGUAUACCGAUGUCAUUAAGGAAGGCUACUCAACCUGGCUGAACCAGGCCAGUUUCUUUGGGGUCAAUGCGGCCAUCAAUGUAGCCAACGCCUCGACGGCCUACAUUGACCACAGCAACGUCACCGUUCACAAUGGUGCCGCCAACAUCUAUGCCUAUGGAACCGGGACCACCGUGUACGUGAGCAACACCGACCUGUACAGUUCUGGUCCGGUGUCCCACGGUCUGUAUGCAGCCGGCAACGGGACCAUCUAUGCCUCCAAUCUGCGACAUUAUUCAGGCGGGGAACGCUCAUCCUCCUUCUCGGGUGACAGCCCCGGGGGAUACAUCUAUGUCACUGAUGCCAUCGCCCACACAGCCGGGGUUGGCAGCGCCAUCUUCUACACUCUUGGUGACAGCUACGGCAAAGAUGUUGUCGGCAAGUCCGAGAAUGGACCGAGCCUGUUCUCUGACGGAGCGCAAAGCUCUGUCUUCGAAAGCGUCGAUUUCACUGCCGGGCUUCUGGCAGGGACGGUCAUGUUCUCGUCCUCUACGCGCAGCAGCGGGGCAUCCCUGUCAUUCUCGAACUCUCGACUCACCACACUGGGGGAUGACAUGGCAGCGCUAUGGUUUGGGAAUCUGAUUGCAUCAGCGACGCUGCAUGCGACCGAGCUGAAUACCACGUCGGGUAUUCUCGUGAUUGCCAACGCCUCCCAGGUUACUCAAUCCUUCGAUCAUUUCGUCGGCUGGGAAGAGAAUUCGAGCAUCCAGCCUGCGCAAGCUACAGUGACGGUCACUGAGUCCACACUGAGCGGCGACAUCGUGGCCUACAACGGCAGCUCCAUCUCGUGGAGUCUGGCUGAAUACUCGAGCUGGACGGGAACGGCCUCCACCGGCCGAGGGACUGCAUACCUGGCAGUAGCACUCGACAAGACGUCCACCUGGACGCUGACGCAGAACGUCUACCUUCAGAACUUCACCAACGCCGAUACCACCAACGGCAACAUCGCGAGUCAGGGAUACAGUAUCUACUACAAUGCAUCCUCCUCCGCGAAUGCGUGGAUCAAGUCCGCAAAUACAACCCUCCCUGGUGGUGGAAGUCUGCAAUCGUAUUAG